UAGCUCCAGUCGAGUCCAUCGAAUAAUGGUUGAUGCGAACACAGAGUCCUGCUGCCAGCCUCUAAAGGAGGAGUUUCGGCGGUCAAAGUUCUCGCUGCACCAUGAAGAUCCUGGAGUCUUUUGCCGAUCGCAAUGGCAGAAUGGAGAGCGGAAUUUAAUCUGGGUUUUGUAUAGAUGGGCUUUGGCUGCUUUCUUUGCCGCUGGAGUCAUUGGCAGCAUGAUGCAGGAUUUCAAUGGCGGUCGAUGGUUUAUUUUUCUCACGGAUUGGGGAUUUACACUGUGUCUAUUUACCUGCACUUACGGGGCUGUAAUCGCCACUAUUUACUACUUCAAUCAAUCUUAUUUUGCUCCCGGACAUUGUGCUCUAAAAAUUUACUGGAUCUCACACUACACCACGUCGGUAUUAUCCAUGUUGAUUACCACCGUCUUCUGGGCUGCUCUAUCAUCAACCAUGCCAGAAGUGGCAGGUGAGCUUUACAACUUGUGGUGCCAUGCAUUCAACUCGAUCUGCAUGGUCUUCGAUUGCUUUAUGGUGGCCUAUCCUAACCGUCUUAUGCACUUUGUGUAUCCCUUUUCGGUGGUGCUUAUAUUCCUGUUGCAUUCCCUUAUUUACUAUUGGGCCGGCGGAACCGACAUGGACGGUAAUCGUUUUAUCUACUUCGCCCUGGAUUGGGCUCGACCUGGUCUGGCGAUUGGAUUCGUUUGCGCGAGUUUGGCAUUGAUCUGUUGCUUUUCCCUCGUGGCCUUUGGAAUUUACAGGCUGCGGAUGUCAAUGUACAACUGUUGUGGCAAAAGGAAGGAGGAAGCACCAGCCUUAAAAGCUACGCCCAAUGAAUCAUCUCCAACUGUUUAGGA